ACACACUAAUCAACAAAACAGGACACAAAACAAACACCGACGCACCUAGGGCGCCUCCUAACAUUGGUAUUUCGUGAUUAAAGAGCCAGACUCAGACUUGGAAGAGAUGAAUAAUUGUAGGUACUUUUCUUGAUCAAACACCCGAUCUUUCCCUUCCCUGACAAUAUUCCCUUCGUUUCGAUUCCUUUUACCGCCCCUCGACUUUGCUUCCUCCCAACCACAGAAUUGAAUCAAGUAAGGAAUCUUAUUCAUUUCCUCAAUUUGACUCCGAUCUGGGUUUCUGAUAUUUCUUUCAAUAAUUGGAUGGAUGUUCAUGUCUUCGAAUUUUCUACAAUAGAAAUCUGCUUCAACUGCUACAUGGCCAUCCGGUUUGAUGUUGCAUAAUGGAAGAGGAGAUAGUUGAACAGUUAAUCCAAAUCUAUCAUUUGUUUGCUGGGGGUUUAACUUCUUGUCCUAAAUGGUGAAGUCAAAAAUCUCUCAUCGUCCAAUCAUCUCCUAUAGGCCCAUACAACCUUCUGAUUUAGAGAUUUUAGAACAAAUUCAUGAAGAUGUAUUUCCAAUAAGGUAUGAGUCUGAGUUUUUCCAAAAUGUUGUGAAUGGUCGUGAUAUUGUAUCAUGGGCGGCUGUUGAUCGCAAUCGACCUGAUGGUCAUAGUGAUGAACUUAUUGGAUUUGUGACUGCACGGAUUGUGUUGGCAAAGGAAAGUGAGAUAGGGGAUCUGCUCAGAUAUGACUCAUCAAAAGUGGAUCAAACAUUAGUGUAUAUUCUAACACUAGGAGUAGUAGAAGGUUACAGAAAUCUUGGCAUAGCUAGUGCUCUUAUCCGUGAGGUGAUCAAAUAUGCUGCAACUACCCCAGCAUGCCGUGCGGUUUAUCUGCAUGUGAUUUCUUACAAUAAUCCAGCUAUCCAUCUAUACAGAAAAAUGUCAUUCAAGUGUAUAAGGAAGCUGCCUGGUUUUUAUCUGAUCAAUGGUCAGCAUUAUGAUUCAUACUUGUUUGUUUACUAUGUAAAUGGUGGUCGUUCUCCUUGCUCACCUACAGAGCUUAUUGCGGUAAUUGUCAGUUACUUGAGUAGAGGACUCAAGUCGAUGGCCGCAAAACUGCGGAAGAAUGAAAAUAAGGUGCUGAAAUGGCCCAGGUGUAAAGAAACCCGUUGUCUAAUAUCGACACAGAACAAGAGAAGCCUUGCAACUGAGUCUGCAGGAUGUGAGUGUGUUUAAUAGACUUCUUUUGUUUUCGAUGGUGAAUAUUUUCCAGAGGGAGCUGAGUACAGAGGGUACAGGUUGGUCCAUACUGCCUACUUAAUUGUUCCCUGAAACCCAUGAAAGAACAUAUAUACCACUAAUUGCUUUGAUACUACCAUUCAGUGUAGACAGUUAAGCGUAUAAACAGCUGUUGUUGUGCAUUGCAGUCAAUAUUGAUCAGUAUUUUUUGUUGUUCUUUUAGAUAAGGUUAAGCGUCUGUGAUGUGUUGCUUGUGAAAUUAAAUGACAUGAAAUUUAUGGCUGUGGUUAAAGGCACACAUUAAAAAGUGUAUGUAAAA